AUGCCGUACAUCACCAAAAUUGUGUUGAGAGAAGCAAAAUUGGCUGGAAAUCUCAAUCGAGUUAUCGUUGGUGGCCAGGGCGAGACCGCUAUAGCAGCCCAUGGUGCCAUCACCAGCUUCCCAGAGAUGCCGGAUGGCCUCAGUGCCCAAUCUCUGGAUGGCCAGAGGUUCAUCGAUUCAGCACUCCACUCCUCUUCGACCGAAUUAUCCCAGCUAAGACUCGGUGGGUUCGUUGGCAUGCACGGCCAGGGUGAUGAAGCCACCCGAGACCAGCGCACACUCUGGCUCAUGUCCAAGUUUGCCAACAAACAGAAGAUCAACGACACAAUUGUCUUGAAUACUCCUCAUGAAUUCAUACAUGGCGGCUUCAAGAAUCCGAACUCACCUGGAGAUGGAACUAGAAUAGAUGACUUUGCUGCAUUCUUAAGCUCCAUCGGAGUUCCUAGGACCGAAAAGUCUCCGACCGUUCAUCGCAAGGUCGAGCGCAAGAUUGGACCUCUCUCGGCAGCGGAUACUCUGGACUCUCAAAGCGCCGAGGUGGCCGCCAGGCUCAAGCACGAGCUCACCGAGCAAGAGAAGCACCAACAAAGGCUCAAGAAACAGAAGCAGGCCGAUAGCGAGGCUCGCGAGCGUGUACGCCAGAAAAUAGAAGACGACAAGCUGGAUCGUAAAGAUCGAGAGGAGCGUCAGCGAUUGAACCGAGGCCACAUUACUAGCAAGAAAGAUGAAGACCCCAAGGCGAUGGCUGACCAGCGGAAUUACUCCGAUUAUUAUGCGGAACUUGUCAAGAAAAAAAAGGCUGCAGAGGAUGCGAUCACCAAAGAGACACAGGAGCGCACGCGAAGAUACAUUGAGGAAGACAAAAUUGAACGCAAAGAGCGCCAAGAACGCGAGCGUGCCAAUCGCCUGGCAGCCGAAGCAUCCCAAGCCAGUGAUACAUCACAAGUACCGACUGAGCGCCCUGCCACAGUCCCUCAACCCGCUAACGACGGGCACAAUACCAGGAAGCGCCGGAAGACAGCUAAGCGCUAUCGAGGCCAAGGAUUGCGGCUAGGUGGCAGUGGCGAACAGGUAUCUCUGAACCAAGGCGAGAUGAGUGAGACUCGCAUGAGAGCACUGGGUCUUCUCGAUAACGAGAGCUCCGAUCAUGAUGAAAACGGGAAAUAG